AUGGCUCCACUAGCACAAGAAUCCAAUGAACGGGAGGGAGGGGAGAAGGAAUGGGGUUUCACUGCACGGCUCUGGGCUUCAUCUGUUGUUGUUUUUUGCGCUGAGGGGCAGCUAGGCUUUUUCCUAACCGAUGAGCUCGAUUCUCGAUUAUCCGUAUCAGUUGGAUUUCGUCGCUGUAGCCCUCUAUCUCGCGGAACCUAUCAACGCUCAACGGAGAAAGUACCCGAAUCUUGAUAUGAAGGCAUGAAGGAAAGUCUUUACUUUGCUCGACAUUUUCACAUACAUAUCCUCACCUUUCGCUUCUUAUCUGAAAUUCUCACAUCACAUUCACAUUAUUCAAUUUAGUCCUAGACCCCACCUCAAUCUACUACAGUUUAUAAAACCAUGGGUCUCUUCCUUCCUACCUCUAUUAUCAACUAUGCAAUUACUUCUGGAGCGUCCCUUGUGAACGAGAAGUCAUGCCAGAACAAGGACUGCACAUAUAACAACCCUACCAAUGCCACCAAAUGCGAGAAAUGCGGUGCGGACGUCAUUUAA